AUGGUUAUUGUUGAGAAUGAUGAAGAAGAGGUGGUAAUAGAGAAAGAAGCACCUGAUGAGGGGGGAAAGGAGGAACAACCAGCACCUGCUCUAGAGAAGAGAAAGGAGCCCACCACUGAUGUAUAUGUACCUCAUGUUCCUUUCCUACAAAGAUUAGCGCGUCGCAAGCUUGAAGAAAAAUAUGGGAAGUUUUUAGAAGUUCUGAGUAAGCUUGAAAUAAACAUUCCCUUCAUAGAUGCUAUCACGGAGAUGCCUUCUUAUGCAAAAGUUUUGAGGGAGGUAUUAUCUAAUAAAAGGAAGCUGCCAGAAACAGGCGUAGAAACACUAAGAGGAGAAUGCAGCGCUAUCUUAGAGUGCAAGGUGCCGAAAAAAGAGCUGACCUCGGGAGUUUCACCAUUCCAGUCAAAUUUGGUGAAGUUUUGGUUAAUAAAUCACUUGCUGAUUAUGCCGCUAUCUUUAUGCGAGAGGAUCAAUGCAGAGAUCAAGCCGACAAGGAUGUCUUUGCAGCUAGCCGAUAGAUCAGUAAGGUUUCCAGUUAGAGUUGUUGAAGAUUUGCCAGUUCAAAUAGGGAAGUUCUAG